AUGACCCAGACGGUCAACGAAAGGGAGGACCCCCUUAAUCUGGGCGGCGGCGGCUGGGCAUCCUCCAUUCCAUUGCGCACCUGGUCCUCCUACCAUCGAAGGCAGAGGGGCGCUCCGAUGUCCAAGCGGCGAUACCGUGAUGGCCCCAAAACUGAGUAUGAGGUUCCCAGGAAACAACCCAAGCAACAUCGCAUCCCUGGCCCUUGGUUUCAGCCACCUAGAGGGCCCUAUUGGGCCCUGUACUCCAAUUGGGGGCGCUGCAGAGGGCCCUGGCGCCCACCUCUCAUAGCAUUCCAGAGCCCCCUGUGCCCAGCGCAGAUGAUCCGGGCCUAUGGUCUGCACCCACUCUGCGUCUGCUGCUGCUCCUGCUGGAGCGGGCCCUGGAACCCCGGCUGGGAGAGACCCCCGGGUAGAAAGAAGCGCUGGGGACGCAGGGGUCGUGGCCUGCGCCGCCACCCUCGUCGCUCCUUCCCGAGGAAUCCACCAAUAGACCUGAGCAAGAUGCUGCGCCCCGUUAACCUGUAUGGGUGGCGGGCGCCUGGGAUGAGAGCGCCAAGAAACACGACCCAGUUCAUCAUGAACCAGGUCUAUGAAGACAUGAGGCAGCAAGAGAAGCUGGAGCGCCAGCAGGCAGCAUUGAGGGCACAGCAAGCCCAGGCUGGUGGCAUCUCCCCAGGAGACUCCACUACCAAUGAUGCGCCCCACAGCGGCGUCGAAGAAGAUUCGCAGUUGCCGGAAGAUCUGUAUGGCUUCCUGCAGGAUCCCUCUCUAACCUUUAGUCCCGCUCCAGUGCAGCAAAACCAGUCUCCCACCCCAGGGCUGGUAGACGAAGAGGAGAAAAAUGUUGAUGAUGAGUGUGACGAAGAGGUUUGUGAUGAAAAAGAGGAGAGCGAAGAGGAGGAGGAGGAGGAGGAGGAAGUGGACAGAGAGUCAGAGGAUGAAGAUGUGGAUGAGGAGGAAGUCGAAGAGGCUGAAACUGGGGAGGAAGGAGUAGAGGAUCAAGAAGAGGAUGUGUUGGAAGAGGCGGGGCUGGAGGAGGGAGAACAGAGAGAGGAAGACAAAUUUUUGCCUCUGGGAAUGCCUUUGUCAAUCCUAGUAGGGGACGAAGAAGAGAGAGAGAACUUUAUGAACUAUGAUUAUUUAAGCCAAGAACAAAUAAUUCCCCAUGUGCCAGAGGCAGAUCUAUUUAUGGUACCGGACAUUAGUCAUUAG